AUGCAGAGGUGGUCUGCAGGGAGAUUGGCUGUGGGGCUCCUUCAGUCCUCCAGGGGGCGCUCUAUGGAGACAUGGAGACUCCAGUGUGGACCAAAGAGUUCCAGUGUAGAGGCCAUGAGUCUGCUCUGCUGGACUGUGACAGCUCAGAUAGAAACACCUGCUCUUCUGGCUAAAGCUGCUGGACUCACCUGCUCAGAGCCCGUUAAUUUCCAGUUGGCGAAAGAAUCCAGUCGCUGUGCCGGUGAACUGGAGAUGAAGAAAGAUGGAGAGUGGCGUAACGUGAUUGAUAACGAUUUUACCUUGAACCUAAAUGCAGCAGAUGUAGUGUGUAGACAUCUUGACUGUGGCUCUGCGGUUUCCACAGAAAGGAAAGAGAUGGAGUCGUACACAGGAAUGUGGAGGAUUAGCUCAACCUGUCUUCAAUCCAAGUCUGCUGUUAGAGAGUGUAUAUUAACAAAUUCUUACCCUUCCAGUUCCUUCCUUAAGAUCAUCUGCUCAGGCUCUGUCAGGCUGGUGAAUGGGACUAGUCUGUGUUCAGGCAGACUGGAGGUAAAGUCUACCCAGUCUACCCAGUCCUGGUCCUCAGUGUGUGAAGAAGACUUUGACCUGCAGGAUGCAGAGGUGGUCUGCAGGGAGCUUGGCUGUGGGGCUCCUUCAGUCCUCCAGGGGGCGCUCUAUGGAGACAUGGAGGCUCCAGUGUGGACCAAAGAGUUCCAGUGUAGAGGCCAUGAGUCUGCUCUGCUGGACUGUGACAGCUCAGAUAGAAACACCUGCUCUUCUGGUAAAGCUGCUGGACUCACCUGCUCAGAGCCCGAUAAUUUCCAGUUGGUGAGAGGAUCCAGUCGCUGUGCCGGUGAACUGGAGAUGACGAAAGAUGGAGAGAGGCGUAACGUGAUUGAUAACGAUUCGGCCUGGAACCUAAAGGCAGCAGAUGUAGUGUGUAGACAUCUUGACUGUGGCUCUGCGGUUUCAACAGGGAGGAAAGAGAUGGAGUGGCACACAAGAAUGUGGAGAAUUAGCUCAACCUGUCUUCAAUCCAAGUCUGCUGUUAGAGAGUGUAUAUUAUCGGAGUAUUACCGUUCCAACUCCAUCCUGGAGAUCAUCUGCUCAGACUCUGUCAGGCUGGUGAAUGGGACUAGUCUGUGUUCAGGCAGACUGGAGGUAAAGCCUACCCAGUCUACCCAGACCUGGUCCUCAGUGUGUGAAGAAAACUUUGACCUGCAGGAUGCAGAGGUGGUCUGCAGGGAGCUUGGCUGUGGGGCUCCUUCAGUCCUCCAGGGGGCGCUCUAUGGAGACAUGGAGACUCCAGUGUGGACCAAAGAGUUCCAGUGUAGAGGCCAUGAGUCUGCUCUGCUGGACUGUGACAGCUCAGAUAGAAACACCUGCUCUUCUGGUAAAGCUGCUGGACUCACCUGCUCAGAGCCUGAUGAUGUCAGGUUGUCAGGAGGAGCCAGUAGCUGUGCUGGUACGCCAGAGAUGAAACAACAGGGACAGUGGAGACCAGUGGUGGACUGGGAUUCUGAAUGGGACCAGAAAUUAUCAUCUGCAGUGUGUAAACGGCUGGACUGUGGUUCUGCUGUUUCCAUAAACAUAAGCAACAGCUCUUCAGAAACACCUGUGUGGGGGAUCAGUGGUUCUUGUGUUCAGUCUGAUUGGAUGGGACGGGAGUGUUUAUCUGUAACAAGUUCCAAGACAAGCUCCAGGAACCUGGAGGUGGUCUGCUCAGAUUUGCUGGCUCAGCCAAACAUCUCCUUCUCCACCCACAUUGACGGGGUUUCUGAGGCCACGCAGCAGGGACUGCGAGUGCUCAUGGGCUCCGACUUCACCAUCAGCUGCUCCAUCCUGCCCCAGUACCCAGGAGGCUCCUUCCAGCUCAUCUUCAACACCCCCGACCCAGAGCAGAAGAACUACACCCUGCCAGCUGUCAAUCACUCGGCCCACUUCCUGUUCUCUGCUGCAGACCCCACCCACCGGGGGGAGUACCGCUGUGUUUACCACCUCUAUGUUUUCUCCCAUAACUUCUCAUCUGAGAGCCGGCCGCUCCAUCUCACUCUCGCAGCCUCUGUAACACAUCUGGUCAUCAGACUGGUGGUCCUGGGGCUGCUGGUGCUCGUGUCCGCUGCUGCCCUGUUUGGCUACGUCAAGGCCAGCAGAGGGCAGACGUCAAGACCAGAGGACAAGAUGGAGCUGGAUCACCUGGGUGGUGCUGAGGACCUACUGGGUGAAGAGGCAGGAGGAGCGCAGGGCCCAGAGUAGGAUCUCCCAGCCAGAUGGAGGACUCGGCUCUCACAGCCAGACCAGAGCAGUUCAGGCGUGGGAUGAUAUCAGGAGGAGCUUUCCUAGAGAAGACCCAGACAGACACACAGCUACAUCAACAAACCUUUAACCAUCGUGUUGUCUUCACAUCGACCGGUUUUUCUGGGUCGAAAUAUCAUAAUUUUGAUGGGUUUUUUCUACACUUUUCUCAACGUUUGUGUAGAUUGUUUUUCCAAUUUUUUGGGGCAAUUUUAUUGUGUUUUUGUAUUUGUUUUAACAAGUUUUUUCUCUCACAUUUACCAAUGUUUUUGUCGCUUCUUUUUUACAAGUUUUUGUCACCUUUGGGGAUUUUUCCGAUUUGUUUUGGUCACUUUUUUCAGCGUUAAAAUUAAAAAAAAAAAAAAAUGUUUUUGUUGAAUUUUUCUUGCGUUUUUGAGUCUUUUUCCAACAUUUGUCACUUUUUUCAACGUUCUUUGGUCAUAACUGUGAUAUGUAAUUCUUUUGUAAACGGGUCAAUGACUCCGAGGACAACAGAAGAACAAUUAUAGAAUCCCACUGUACAUUUGGGAUUGUUUUCUGCAUUGAGAAAUAUUGCCCCCCCCCCAAAGAGGUUUUAGCCGGGGUCUAAAGGAAAAUCCCAAGCGCUAACACAUCUUUGACUUCCAGCUGUCAACCACCCCCCCAUACAGGCAUUAGCAUUACAUUUAAACAAUUUCAUAAGCAAUUGAAAGUUCCUUGCAGUCACCCUAAAAACCAGUCCACGUCUGUGUUUUGGUCCAGGGGUUUUUAACCCUUGUGUUGUCUUCCCGUUAACCAUGAACUUGUCCUUCCAGGCCAAAAUUGAAAAUGAAUUCUUUUUUGUGCUUUUACAAUGUUUUUGCCAUUUUUUCUGAUUUCUUUAUCACUUUUUUCAUGGUAUAAAAAAACCUGAGCUGGUUUAAUGAUAGAUUUCACACUUAUUCUUGGAAUUCAUGGUCAACAAAGCUUAUUUAUAUCAAAUUAUACAUGAGUUUUUUGUUAAAAAGGCAGACAUGAAUUCUUAUGAAAUUCCUGCUCUGAUGUUUCACAAUAAAAGCCUCCCGGUGGCUCAUAAGACACUCUCUCCCUUUCCUGGUAGGUUUUUAGGUGGAAAGAGAUCGGUAAAGUUUGUAGUUAUUUUAGACAACUUCUGUCUGGUGUGUGUGUGUGUUUUUACAUAUUUUUAUACUGCACAUAUGAACCUGUGUUGCUGAAAUAACUUUGAAUUGAUAAGGAGGAUUUGAAUAAUUUGUUGUAUAUUACUGUAAAACCUGCUGAGUGAACUGUUGUUGCAUCAUAUAAUCUGCAGAGAUAGUAAAAGAGGUUUGUGUGUAGUUUAUCAACCCGUUCUCACUCCAAACUCGUAAAAUGUGGACGUUUGGACAGCGGCUCAUGAGACAAAAAAAUAACUCUUUGUGUCCCGCGUGUGUCCUUAGCCGUCCCGUUCCUGAACCGUAAGCCCCCCCACGAGCUUUCCAUUAACCGAACAGCGUCAAAGGGUACGCCAAUACGCAACAACCAAGCGUGUUAUAUGACGCUAAAGGAGACUUUUAACGUCAAAUAACAACAAAGGCACCAGAGCAAGCGUCCAUUUUUUACGAGAUGGGAGUGAGAAUGUGGUGAGUUUAGUGUCCCAAAUUCCACUUUGGCCACACCAGGACCCGCCGAUUGGUUGGGGUUAGGCAUUUGACCUUGAGUGGUGAAAGUUAGGACGGCCGAUUGGUCAGGGGAUAGGACGUGCACAAAUGGGGUAACAUUACGGGGAAUUUGGGACACUUAACCGCACACAUACCAAGAAAAGAUGUGCGUUAGCCGUUAGCUUGCCUUAUUCAUGAUAAACACGUAUUGCCGCAUUAUACAAGUGUAUAUCUUUAACUAUAUUCUUUUUGUUUCAUGAUGAAGACAAGAUGAAUUAAAUGUAAAUUGUGCUGUAUUUAUUAUCUUUUCCAGUCUUAAUCAAUGCUCAAAGCGCUUUUACAUCUACAGGAAACAUUCACCAAUUCACACACAUUC